AUGGCACAGUCCGAGUCGUUCGCCAAACUAUGGAAGGACGAACGCUUCCGGGCCAGACUGCAAGCCGUUAUAAUCGACGAAGCACACUGCGUGGACGAGUGGGGCACGGACGACUUCAGGGCGCACUAUCGUCGUCUGAGCGUGCUUCGUCACUAUACAGGUCACGAAAUACCCUUCGUGGCUUGCACUGCGACGUGUUCGACUUCGACGUUCGACGUUCUAUGGGACACUCUCGCUUUCGGGCUUCGCCCGUUCUGGGGCAUCGACGUUGGCGCGGACCGACCGAAUUUGUUGUACAUGACGCGCACGCUUCGA